CAGCGCACCCCGGCGGACCAAUGCCAUUCGCCUAAUUUUUUUUCUCCAGCAAAAGCUGCCUGUCCAUUCCAUCCCCUUCCAGUCGUCCAAUGCCGCACCCCUAAGUACACGUGGGCAUUAAUCUUUCCUUUCUUCAUAAACCACAUCACCUUCCGUGGUUUUAAUUCUUCUCUCAACUGUUUUAUAACCGCUUUCUGUUAUAAAGGGGUACUUUCUUCUGUGUAAUCAUGGCCGUCCCCAGCUCGACCCCCGAUAAGCGCCCCGAGGACGAGCCCAAUGCCACCGGAAAUGUCGAACAUAAGCAGCAGCAGCCUGAAGAUGCUGGUGCUGAGGCCACUGAGGCUACCGACGCUGCCGACGCAUUACUCAACUUGACCAUUGUCCUCCCCGAUAAAGAGUCUACAAAAAUUCGGAUUAUGGUUGCCCCCCAAGAGCAGGUUCACGAAGUCCGACAGUCUAUAAUCGACCUUCCUGCCGCUUUCCGAUACACUUGCUUCCACCUCGAAUACCAGGGGCAAAAGAUUAGUGACUUUAUUCCAAUUGCCGAUAUCCCUGAAAUUGGCACCGAGCCCACCUUCCACCUCGUUGACGAACCCUACUCCGAGCGCGAAGCCCGCAUACAUGUCGUUAGAACACGCGAGCUGAUUGGCGCUGCUUCGGACCGCGUCGAGUUCACCCAUGGUGUUUUGCCUGGAUUGUCGCUCUUCGAAUCCGUUUCUAUUCCCGUACAGGAGGCUGCUAGCGAAUCUGGCGAAGAGGUCAAGGCCCCCGCCUAUGACUUCCAGGGCACUGUCACCCCUACUGCACUCAUUCCCAAGACUACUGAAGUGGCUCCGAAAACUAUCAAGUCACUGGCGCUGUCUGCGUGGAACCCGCCUCCAUGCCACCUUCGCCAGCGUGGUCACCUGCUAUACCUCACCCUCAAUACGCUGGAAAGCGAAGCUGUCCAGAUCACCGCCCACGUUUCUGGAUUCUUUGUCAACAAGUCCUCCAAUGCCAAGUUUGACCCGUUCCCGAGAUCUAGCCCUAAGGCCUACGCUGCACGCUCUCUUCUUGAACUUCUAGAGAUGGUGUCUCCUCAGUUUGGCCCUGCUUUCCAACAACUUAUGGAAUAUAACAACAAGAGAGACCCCCUCGCGACCUUCCAGAUCACGAAUGCUGUCCCGUCGGCUCCUUGGACGGUUCCAUCACCCUCGUCUGGCCUCCGUGCUCACUCUUCCGACCCUGCUCGUACCCAAGAGACAUAUCUGCUUUCUGGUGUCGACAAUGCAGAGACUCUGAGAGACUGGAACGAGGAAUUCCAGUCUGCCAAGGAGUUACCCAAGGAGACUGUUCAGGACCGAGUAUUCCGUGAGCGUCUGGUGUCAAAGCUCUUCGCUGACUACAAUGAUGCCGCUACUAAAGGCGCUGUUAUGGUAGCCCGCGGCGAGCUUGCGCCGCUGAACCCCACUGAGGUCCGAGAUGCCCAGAUCUUCGUCUAUAAUAACAUCUUCUUUUCCUUUGGUGCCGACGGUGUUGGUACUUUUACUACCGAAGGCGGUGAUGAAGCUGCACGUGUUGCUACAGGAAAGGAUGUUGCUGGUGUUAGGUUAGUUAACCAGCUCGACAUUGAUGGUCUAUUCACUCCCGCUACUGUUGUCAUUGAUUACCUUGGCAAGCGUGUUGUUGGCCAGAGCAUUGUUCCUGGCAUCUUCAAACAGCGCGAGCCUGGUGAAAAUCAGAUCGAUUAUGGCGCUGUUGACGGAAAGGAUGUUGUUGCUGCCGACUCUCGCUUCGCGGAACCUUUCGCUAAGCUCUCCAAGGCUCUCAAGGUCAAGAGCCACCCUGUUUGGGACAAGGAUGGCAAACGAUUUGAUCUCGAAGGUAGCGUUGAAACCAAGGGUUUGAUGGGUACUGAUGGCCGCAAGUACGUCCUCGACUUGUACCGUGUCACCCCGUUCGAUAUUGCCUGGAUGGAGGCGACCACCAAGAACGAAUCCAUUCCUGAGGCCAAGCAGUAUCCCCACCGCAUGACUGUGUUGCGACCUGAACUUGUCGAAUCCUUUGGUCGUUUCAGAAUGAAGGAGUUUGUUGACAAGGAGCUGGCUAGAAUUGCUGAGAAUAAGAAGGAUGCUGGCGAGGGUGAAGCUGAAACUGAAGAUGAAAAGCCUGAGCAACCUGACCUCUCCAAGUUCAAAUUCGCCCUGAACCCCGACGCUUUCAGCGGCCAAAUUCCCCAGACCAAGGAAGAGAAGGACCAGCUAGACCAAGAUGAGAAGGAAGUUCGUGAGACUUGUGAAUACCUUGAGAGCAAAGUCAUCCCCAACUUGCUCAAAGAGCUUACCGACUCUGAAAUUAGUUUCCCCAUGGAUGGCCCCUCUCUUGGUCGCCUGUUUCAUAAGCGCGGUAUCAACAUGCGUUAUCUUGGUAAGGUUGCCUCUCUUGCAAAGGAUGACCGCCUGAGCUGUCUGAAAGAGCUCUGCUUGCAAGACAUGAUUGUCCGCUCGUUUAAGCACAUUGCUGGCACUUAUCUGCGCACUGUCCCUGGUCCCCUGGCACCGGCCUGCGUUGCCCAUUUGCUCAACUGCUUACUGGGCUCUCGUUUGAACGCCGAACCCAAGGCUGAGGUCGAUGCGGACCUCCGUUCUCUCUUCACCGAAGCUGAUUUGUCUUUCGAGACCGUCACCCCUGACGAGCUUCGUAGUUUGAUUGAAGCGCAGGUUUACAAGCGCUUUAGAUACGAGCUUGAUGCUGAAUGGUCCGAUAUUACUCGUCCCGUUCAGACUCUUCGUGAGGUCUCUCUGAGACUCGGAUUGCAAGUUGUGGCUAAAAACUACGUUUUUGAGAAGACCGAAGCGACUACUGUUUCUUCAGCUACCAAGACUGACAGCGACUCGAAAAAGAAGAAGAAAAAGAAUGGUGACGCUGUUUCUACUCCAGUUGCCGCCGCGCCCACUACAUUCACUCCCGAUGAUAUCGUCGAUGUUGUACCAAUCAUCAAACACUCUGCUCCCCGUAGCUCUUUGGCCGAAGAGGCUCUAGAAGCUGGUCGCAUCUCCAUUAUGCAGAACCAGAAGAAGCUCGGCCAGGAACUUCUCUUGGAGUCUCUCUCCUUACAUGAGCAAAUCUAUGGCAUUCUGCACCCCGAGGUUGCUCGUGUCUACAAUAGCUUGUCUAUGCUUUACUACCAGUUGGAUGACAAGGAGGCGGCUGUCGAACUUGCGCGCAAAGCCAUUGUUGUUUCUGAGCGCACUGUCGGUAUCGACUCUGCCGAAACUCUGCUCAACUAUCUCAACCUCAGCUUGUUCCUCCACCAAGUCGGUGACAGCAAGGCUGCCCUUGUAUACUCCAAGCACGCACUCACUCUGUGGAAGGUCAUCUACGGCGCAGGCCACCCCGAUUCUAUCACGACGAUCAACAACGGUGCUGUCAUGCUACAGCACCUCAAGGAGUACCACCAAUCGCGCCUGUGGUUUGAAGAGUCUUUGCACGUCUGUGAAUCCGUGUUCGGCAAGCAGUCUGUCAACUCAGCUACCCUCCUGUUCCAGCUAGCCCAAGCUCUUGCCCUUGACCAGGACUCGAAGGGCGCUGUCAAGCGCAUGCGCGAGUCGUACAACAUCUUCCUCAGCGAGCUUGGUGCAGAUGACAAGAACACUAAGGAGGCUGAAAAUUGGCUUGAGCAGCUUACCCACAACGCUGUCUCCAUCGCCAAACAUGCAAAGGACGCACAGGACAAGCGCAUCGCCUCUGGCAUCCGCUUCCCCGCUAGCUCCACCCAGCAGCUAUCCAACUCUUCUUCUACCCAGGUUGACUCUCGCAGCGUGGACGAACUUAUCAAGUUCAUCGAAGGUGACAAGAAGCCUAAGUCGAAGAAGCGCAGUGGCAAGGGCAACCCCAAGAAGCGCAACUAAACUAUGCUGCUACAAUCGUCUGAUUACGGCAUGAUUCAAUUUUCGUCUAUAUCUAUAUAUAAGAUGCUCAAAAUUAACGCAAAAUUAACACUGUAUUUCUAAAGACUUGAAAAGUUUAACCUUUUGGAGGAGGCGGCGGCCAAGGGGCCAUGUAUAAAACACAACGGAAAAUUACACGUCUAGAUAGCACAGAAAUGAAUCUUCACUCAUAUAAUAUGCAUUCAUCACUUCCUCCAGAAUUUACAAGCUUGU